ACGUGCGCCCAUGAUGGCUAUAAACUUGGGCUUUUCUCGUUUCUUUCCCUGUAACUUAAGCCUUUUUGUGAGACAUGAAUCCAGAAGCUGUUUUAAAAAUUCCCCCAGGAAACGUAUUGGUGUAAAGAAGACUCCUUACAGCCCACACAAAGUCUCCCUCAUCAACGAGAUACGCUCCAUAUUCAAUGCAAACCGAUGUCUUGCUGUCUAUCAUUAUUCCUCUAUGUCAACUAGAGAGUGGGACCAGGUACGAUAUCAGCUGGACAGCAAGGACGUCAAAGUGAAGAUCUUCCCUGUUCGAAUAGCCAGGAAAGCCCUGGAAGAUACCAGUUAUACUAAUAUCAGGAGUCUCUUUCAUGGAGCUACUGCCAUUGCUUAUUCAAACACUGACGAAGCGUUACCCGAGUUGCUAAAAGUGACAAGGAAAGAGCCAAAGCUCUUAUUACUCGGAGGAGUGUUGGAUAAUGAACUCCUCACUCCAUUUAGUUUGAAAGAUGUGGCUGGUCUGCCAGAUGUAACUGUUCUUCAUCAACAAUUGUUAGGGAUACUACAAUCAAGUGCUGUAUCUUUAUCAUGUGUCAUUGGUGCUCCAGCUGGUAAACUAUCAUUCUUACUUAAUAGUCACGUGACCGAACAAUAGUUAGUAUAUUUUGUAUCUUAUGACUUGUCACCUUUUCUCAUUGUUAUAAUAAAGAAUGGUAUAUAAUAGCUGUAGUAUCUAUUAUCAGCUAUUACUUAU